UGCGAAUUCUUCUACCACUAGGCGGUGACACCCUUUUCCCUUUGGUUUCCCACAUCCGCGUGCCCUCUUAUUAUACUUCCGCUGAAGCGCUUGUAUAGUCCUCUUCUACCAGCCUGAUUCAACAUGGGACGAGUCAGGACCAAGACGGUGAAAAAAGCCGCCCGGGUCAUCAUUGAGAAGUACUACACCCGGCUGGGAAAUGACUUCCACACCAACAAGAGGGUGUGCGAAGAGAUCGCUAUCAUCCCCAGCAAGAAGCUCCGCAACAAGAUCGCUGGGUAUGUGACCCAUCUGAUGAAGCGCAUCCAGAGGGGUCCUGUCAGAGGCAUCUCCAUCAAGCUGCAAGAAGAGGAGAGGGAGAGGAGGGACAACUACGUCCCAGAGGUUUCUGCUCUUGACCAGGAGAUCAUAGAGGUGGACCCUGACACCAAGGAGAUGCUCAAACUACUGGACUUCGGCAGUCUGUCCAACCUGCAGGUCACCCAGCCAACUGUCGGAAUGAACUUCAAGACACCCAGAGGAGUCUAAGCAUUUGUAAUAUAUCUCUUAAUAAAUACAAAAUGUACAAAAAAAGCAA